GUUGCAAAGCGACCCCGGGGGUGUUCCUGCCGUUCUGUGUCAUUCCUGUCUUGUCUGUGAGCGAGGGGAGGGGGGUGGAAUUUACUGUCUGCCGGAGCUCUGCACUUCACAUGCCCGUGUGGGCGCUGAGAGAAGGAGGCUCUCCCGUCCGCCAGCUUCACAGCCGAGCAACUCGAAUCUGUUGGGGCAACCUCGCUGCCCGGCAUGUGAAGCCGACGCUGGCAAGCUGAGAAGCACGGCUCCCUGAGUUAUGUCCGGCUGAGAGCCGAGGCGGACGCCGAGCAUUGCACUUGCACUGUUGGCAUUCCUUCCCUGGAUCCCCACCACCCCUCCUCUCAACCCCACCAUCCACCACCCCCCUCCUCAACCCCACCACCCCUCAACCCCCGCCAGUGCUGCACCGCCUGGGAAAGAUGGGGAACAGUUUUUCCAACGUCUCGGCUUUCCAGUCCUUGCACAUUGUCAUGUUGGGGUUAGACUCGGCGGGGAAGACCACAGUCUUGUACCGGCUGAAAUUCAACGAGUUCGUCAACACCGUUCCCACCAUCGGCUUCAACACCGAGAAGAUCAGGUUGGGCAACGGUAGUGCCAAGGGCAUCAGUUGCCACUUCUGGGACGUUGGCGGCCAGGAGAAGCUCCGGCCCCUCUGGAAGUCCUACAGCCGCUGUACCGACGGCAUCAUCUACGUGGUGGACUCGGUGGACGUGGAGAGGCUGGAGGAGGCCAGGAGCGAGCUGCACAAGAUCACCAGGAUCUCGGAGAACCAAGGCACGCCGCUGCUGGUGAUCGCCAACAAGCAGGACCUGCCCAAGUCGCUGCCGGUGGCCGAGCUGGAGAGGCAACUGGCGCUACAUGAACUCAGCCCGUCCACUACCUGGUACGUGCAGCCGGCCUGUGCCAUCAUCGGCGAGGGGCUGCACGAAGGCAUGGACAAACUGUACGAGAUGAUCGUGAAGAAGAGGAAGGCGCUGAGACAGAAGAAGAAGCGGUGAUUGAACGCCGGGCAGCAGGGAGGACCGGGACUUGGUAUUCAGCUCUCCCGGAACCCGAAUGGGCUCCUCGGAGGUCCUAUAGAAACGCGCAGACCCACACAUACAUAUUUAUCUAAGCUAAAUCGAACUAAGUCCUACACCAACGGAAUGAAUGAACUGGCAGAUUCAGCGGCUCGACCCAAGUGACCAGUUCAGUGCAUCAUUGAAUGGAGACUGUCUGCGGGCAAGGAGGUGGGUGCACACGGUUUCUCGUUCACCCUUCUGCUUUAGCCCCUGUGGGCACUGGGCAUUUGCACUUUGCAACUUUGAAUGCGGGGAGCACAGGACCAUUUGCAGUCUCCGUCCGCCCGGUGUUUUGCUCUGGGGGGUGGCUGGAUUCGCCGUCCACACGCCGCUGUCCCGAUCGCCGUUCGUGCUGGGUGACCUGCGGCGGCGGCGGCACAGUGAACCUCCCCCCCUCGUCAUCUGCUUCGGAAGGAUCGGCCGUGAGCCCUCGGAGCUUUUGAGGAGAUGGUCUGGGGGAGGGUCAAGGCUCGACGAAGGAAGACAAAACAAAAUAAAAAAGGGGGAUGUUAUUGAAUGAAGCUUGUGCAGAAGGAACACUGUAACCCCGGCCCUGACCCCGUGGCUUCUUGUCGCUACAUUUUGAUUGUACCCUCUUAAGUUUAAUACUUUUAUGCCGAAUAUUAUAAGCUGAAAUAGGUAAGGCUGGACCUCACCUUGAAGUCAUUUAGGUGCUGUAUUUAUCUGCAUGUCUUUGACGGUCAGGAUGAAUUAUGAUCUUGGGAUAAUAAAGAACAAGCUUGUGAUACAA